GAAUAUCUCUGCAUACACGGGACGCCAGAAGGACCGGGUCACACGAGCGGGCUUUACGAGCGAGCAGGAUUCGUAUUCUAUAGUUAGAUCAAUAGAUUCGCGGCGCGCCGCCGAAAAUAAACGCGGAAACCGGGCGACGUGACGCCGCGCCGGGAGGCGGACGUCUCCUUCGACGCUGUACCCGCGAAUGCUCGGGAAUCGCGUCAUGUCGUCCCUCGUGCAGAUAGACGGCAGCUUGGGCGAAGGUGGUGGGCAAGUAUUGAGAGUCGCCCUCAGCUUGAGCACGCUCUACGGCAUUCCCAUCGAAAUCGAGAAUAUACGCGCCGGCAGGCCCAAGCCCGGUCUCGCGGCGCAGCAUUUGAAAGGUUUGGAGCUCGUCAAGGAGAUGUGUAACGCCCAGGUCAGAGGUGGGUACAUAGGAUCGACACGUUUGGAGUACCGGCCCGGUCCGCUGAACAAGGCCAAGAGGACGUUCGUAGCGGACACGCAAACCGCCGGAUGCAUCUGCCUGCUGGCGCAAGUGGCUCUGCCCUGUGCCCUCUUCUUUCCUGCAUGUAACGACGUGAUCACGCUCAUCCUCAAGGGCGGCACGAACGUUCCCAUGGGCCCGCACAUCGAAUACCUGACGGAAGUGUUCAAGCCGACGCUGAACAAAUUCGGGGCGGACUUCGAUUUCGUAGUUGUCAAGAGGGGAUAUUAUCCGAAGGGAGGAGGCGAGGUGCAUCUACGCGUAAAACCGGUCAGCAGCUUGAACGCGGUCACUUUGAUCGAUCCGGGAAUUCCACGGGGAAUAACGGGAUGGUCUUACGUGGCUGGAUCGGUUCACAUGAAUGAGGCGCAUACAAUGGCCAGCGAUGCCAAAGCAAUUUUAACGAAUAAAUUAUUGAGGAGCAACAUUCGAGUACCGCCAAUCACGAUCGAGGCCUACAGGGAAGACAGAGCGAUGGCUGUUGGAAACGGCUCUGGUAUCAACAUAGUGUGUAACACCAGCACCGGAUGCGUUCUCGGCGGCUCCGGCUUAGGCUCCGGCCGGCACGAGGGACCGUUGCCAGGCGACACAGCGGCUAACGAGAUUUUGAAACCGCUCCUAGCGGGGGCGUGUGUCGACGAGCACACACAGGAUCAGAUGAUAAUUUUAAUGGCGCUGGCGAAAGGCACCUCGAAGAUCAAAGUCGGGGACAAGAAGCUCACCUGUCACACGGAGACUGCCAUGCAGAUCGCGGAGAUAAUGUUAGGCAAACGCGGACUUCGCUUCAACCUGUCGAGGAACGCCGAAGACGGCGACACCUCGUCCUACAUCUUGGAGUGCCAGGGAUGCGGACUGAUUAACGAAGAUCCGGUUAAACAAUGACCAUAUGACGCUUUAUAAUUUAACGCGUUGCGCUAAAUUAAACAAUCUCGACGCGAGUCAAUCACGUCGGCGAUCGAUCGGCGUUUACAAAUAAAUUGCAAAACAUCAACAUCGUUAACAUUCACACACAUACUUUCGUAAACUUUCCAAGGGUACGUCUAGAAUUUUACAAGAGAAUGUUCGCGAAGUCGUUUAAGUAACAGUUCAUUAACAAGCGCCAUUAUAUGUACAAUGUGGCACGGUUUUCUGUGUGCUAAAUCAUGAUUAUGUCUUUUACGUACUGCAUUCUAAAAAUCAAUGCAAAACUUCAAGCAGAAAGUCUCUCGCGUCUCUAAACAAAGUAAAUACAGAUUUGCCUCACAUAGAAAACCUUAACAUCCUUAUUUGUUAAUUACAUGUACACGCUACUAUACGUACGAGAUAAUGUGACAUGUGCACCGAAAGUGCGUUUUGAUUUCGAAAUGAACCAUUUGCACGUA